AUGGGAAGUGGUGCAAGCAAAGUACAGAGUAAGCCUCCACAACUAUGCCUAAAUCCCUCAACAACCAAUACUCCAGAUCCACCCAUUAUGCCUUGCACAUCCACUCAAGCCGAGUAUGAAGAGCAUAAACAGCUUCUUGAUAAUGCUAUGGCCGAAUCAGAACCAACUGCCAUCAAUAUUGCUACGCAUUCUCAAACACGAGCAAAUAAACCAACAUAUAAUAUAAGUGCGAGAUUUGACGACAACAACUAUGUGUUGGUGCGUAAACCUUCUCGACCACCAUCGUUAAGCUGCAUCAGAGAGGCUUCACAUAUUAUGACUAUUAAUGAUGAGCAGACAUUUUCAAAGAGCCAGACCAAGGAAGUAGCGAUAUCCUAUAAACGCGACUCGGAUAAGAGUUGA